AUGUUCCGUACCUCUUCUCGCUCCCUUUGGGGCAUUGCCUCGAGAGCUUCCUCCAAUCGAGCUUCGCUAUUCCUCCCCCGCGCAUCAAUUGCGCCUCUUUUGCGUCAGCAACGCGCCGUAUACUCUAGCAAAUCCGAUGACGAAAAUCCUCCUCCUCCCAAGCAGCCCAUUGACAUUGAAGCUGAGCGCAAGCGGGGACAAGAGCUCCUCCAGUCCAACCCAAGUGUUGUUUCAUCUAAGAGUUCGGUUGCCAAUGCUGCGUCUACAGCUCAGGGCUCCAAGAGCGCUGAUCAGGACAUGACUAGCGAGCUCAAGCAUGAUAUUGAAGUUGUCAAAGAUACCUUUACCUUCACAGAUGUGCCGCGCGAGUCGAGGAUUCUCGGUUUGGCUGGUACCCUGCCCUACCUGGGAACGUCGCUGUCGACUGUCUUCCUCGCUUGGGACUUGAACAAGCCCAUUCCUACAGGCAAUUCCUUCUACGAUGCUAUCAUGAUCGAUCACGACACGGCAAAAUACCUGCUUGACGCUCUCGAGCCUAUCCAGCUUGGAUAUGGUGCUGUCAUCAUCUCUUUCCUCGGCGCUAUUCAUUGGGGUCUCGAGUAUGCUGAGAAGCAACCCCUUCGUGAACGAACCCGUUUCCGCUACGGCAUGGGCCUUGCAGCUUCUAUUGUCGCAUGGCCAACUCUGAUGCUCCCCGUAGAGUACGCACUCACAUCUCAAUUCAUGGCUUUCGUCGCUCUGUACUUUGCCGAUUCCCGCGCUGCGACAAAGGGAUGGGCACCUCGAUGGUACGGCUCAUACCGCUUCCUUCUCACAGCUAUGGUCGGCUUUGCGAUCUUCAUCUCCCUCAUCGGCCGCGCCAAGAUCAAGCAAGGCGAUGCCAUCACUGCCAAGGGUCUGAGCGACAACUUUGCCAGAUCUGGUAUUGCUGAUCACAGCACCAACUGGGAGAAGCUAGAGGCUGAGGAGAAGGCUCGCCGACGAAAGCAAAAGGAGGAGGAAGAGAAGAAGGCUAAGGAGGAAGAGAAGAAGAAGAAGGAAGAGGAGAAGAAGGGUAAGAAGAAGGAUAGCAAGGGCGAUGACAAGGCCAAGAGGGGUGACGACAAGAAUAAGGCUUCUGAGGAGGGUGAUAAGAAGGGCGAGGAGAAGAGCGAGAGUAAGGACAAGGAUGCUGAGAAGAAGGAUGAUGGCAAGGAUGAAGACAAGGGCUCUGAGUCGAAGGACGAAGGUGAUUCCAAGGAUGACAAGAAGGAGUCCGACUCAAAGGAUGAGUCCAAGGACGAGGACAAGAAGUCCGAAUCCGGUGAAGAGAAGUCUGACAAGGAGUCAAAGGACGACUCCAAGCAAGAGUCCGACAAGAAGGAUGAUAAGAAGGACAAGUCUGAAGGCAAGAAGGAGGACAACUCCGAUGAGAAGAAGGAUGCUAAAUCUGAGGGUAAGAAGGACAAGAAGGAAUAA